AUGAAGUUCGGAAAGACCUUCCUUUCCCACCAGAUUCCAGAAUGGUCCGUCCAUUAUAUGAACUAUAAGCACUUGAAGAAGGUGAUCAAGACCAUUGAUAAGUUUAUCAACUAUCAUAGUUAUUCGCCUUUGGAGCUUCCCGAGUUGAUUUCCACGGUGCUCUCGCAGUUCUUCUAUGAGCUUGAUAGAGAUAUAGAGAGGGUUUCGGAGUUCUACGAUUCAAAGUAUAACGAGUACUCCAGAAGAACCGCCAGGAUAGUGCAUGUUUUGGGCUACACCAACGGCAAGAUUACUCAUCAGGUCGAUACUACCGAUGAGCUUGACGAGAUUGUGUCCAUUCUGUUGGAGCUUAGAGCCAUUUACAGGAACUUGAAGUGGUUCGGUGAGUUGAACCAUAAGGGUUUCAUCAAGAUCUUGAAGAAACUUGAUAAGAAGUUGGCUUAUUUGACGAACUUGGCCAAUGACCAGUUGCGUGUGGACGCUGAACACCUGGACGAGGAUAUCCCUCAGGUGAACUUGCCAAACAACAAUAAGGAAACGUACUUGGCCACUAGAGUGGAUGCCUUGCCGUUUGCCAAUGGUCUGGAGAUCCAGGCUGGUUUGGACACCAUCAACGAGAUCUUGAACCAGUUGGGUGACCAGCAGAUCGAGUUGGAAAACAACUUGGAGGCCGAAAAGGUGCUUUCUACUACCACCAAGAACUUGAAUGUGUUGAAGAUUGGUGGUAACAGAAGGUAUUCUUUUGAUAAGGAGUUCAUGGAGAACUUUUAUGAGCUUAUUUAUCAAAACGAAGCCGAUAAGCUUAUUUCUGAGCUUGACGGUUUGGAAUGGGCUCAAAAGUCGGUGAAGUUGUUCCUUUCGCUUUUGAACAAGGCUACUCUUGCCAACUCUGUUGCUUGUACUGAUCGUCUUUUCGACUACUUGGUGGAUUUCACCAGAGCUCAUGCCGAUGAGGUCGGUGACAGCAACGCUCUUUUCGAUUCCAUUGAUAUUUCAGGAAGAAACUUCUUCCAUCAGCACGUUGUUUCGCUUGGUAAGAAGCAGCUUAUCAAGGAACAGAAGCAGAGUAACCCAGGUGAAUCCAGUGACAUCAAGCGUUUGUAUGGUAACGAAAGUGGUCCUGACGGUUCUCAGCUUUCGCCUGUGCACGUUGAUGGUUUGAGGAACAUUUUGAAGAAGGUCGAGGAGUAUCCUGAAUACCAAAACUUGCUUGUGGCUAAGGACACUUACUUGCGUACUCCGGUUCAUUAUGCUGCUCAGUAUGGUGCUUUGGAGGUCACUAGCUUGCUUUUGGAGUACUUGGUCAAGUGGAAGUUGGUCGAUCAAAAUACUCCAAUUGACCUGGUGGAAGUGUGGGGCGAUCAAGAAGGUUUGACGCCUUUGCACCUUGCCAUCAUCGGUAAGCAUCCAAAGACCACUGAGAACCUUCUUGACGUUUACCUGUCUCCAUUGUCUUGUCCUAACUUGUUGCUUCUAGCCACGAGACUUGACUGUGAAGAUAUCGUUAAGAAGUUGCUUGAGGCUAACUUUAUUGACGUUAACUACACUGACGCUGAAAACAAUGAAGAAACCGCUCUUUACGUCGCCUCCAAGCUCAACCACUUGAGUACCGUCAAGUUCUUGUUGAAGAUGGGCGCUGAUACUGAAUUGGGUGAAUGUGUUUUCGGAUGGACACCCAUCUUUAUCGCUGCUGCUGAAGGUUAUGAAGAUGUGGUCAAGGCUUUGAUUGAAUACGCAGCCCGCUUCGAUUUGGUUGAUGAUUCUGGUUGGUUGCCAAUGGAGCAUGCCUCUUUGCGUGGUCACUUGGUCUUGGCUGAUUUAUUGAAGCCUUCUGACGACAACUUGCUCUUGUACAACAUUGAUGAUCCAUCAAAGAACACUCCAAGAACACAUAACCCUUCGUCGAAGAAUGCUUCUACUACUACUUCGCCAUUUUUGCACCCAACUAGCGAGGAAAUGCUCUUGUCUACUUCAUCUAUUGAGAAGCUUCCUGAGCUGAACAGAAAUGCUGUGAAUGAAGUCUACCGCCAGUUCAAGCAGUUUGACAGCAGCUCCAAUGUUUCAACCAAUGGUUCUUCAGUUCAUUCCAACGGUAAGGAACGCACUCGUGCUAGAAGUCACUCCAGAUCGAGAUCUCCAGUUAACCGUCGUAAAAUGAAGCCAAUCAAGUCCUUCGGUCAUAGAUACUUGGCUAAAGGAGAGCUGUUGGUGUUGAUCACUUUGGGUACUACCGACUUGCGUGAUCAGCUGAAGCCUAUCGACUUGAACAAGAUUUCCAUGUCUCAAAGUUUCUUCACUGAGCUUGACACUGCCCUUUCGCUUGUUGUCACUUGUCGCCACAAGGAGACUAAAGAUAUCAUUGAAGCUCCAGUCGUUGUUGAUUUGCCAUUAGAAGAUCAACAUGGUAGUGCCACUGACCCUAUUACCUUCAAGCUCGAUGCUGGUGUCAGUGCAGACGACAUGGUAGUGGCUUUCGACAUUGUUCCAACUUACCAAUACCCUACAAGCAACCUUCAGAAAACCCACAAGGGUGCUAUGAAGGGUAAGAUCUUGGGUAGAGGUGUUGCCUUGUUGAAGAGCGCAUACACAGAUGUUGGUUCUGAAUUACGUUCCCUUCAUAACUGCAUCACUGUUCCUAUCUUAGAGUUGGACUCCCUCGACAUGUUGGGAACUCUUAAGUGUGAGUACAUGUGUGCCAAGUCGUUUGACCAUCAUCAGAUCUCCAUUACUCGUUCUGACACAUACUGGAAGCAGUUGGUUUCUACCCGUGUUAUUGGCCAUAGAGGUUUGGGUAAGAACAUGAACAAGAGAGAUUCUUUGCAGUUGGGUGAAAAUACUGUGGAGUCUUUCAUUGCCGCUGCUUCUUUGGGUGCUUCUUAUGUUGAGUUUGAUGUGCAGCUUACCAAGGACCAUAUUCCUGUUAUCUACCAUGACUUCUUGGUGGCCGAAUCUGGUGUUGAUAUCCCAAUGCAUGCCUUGACCGAAGAGCAGUUCUUGGGACUCAGUGAGCACGAGUCCGCCACAAGAAAGAACAAGUCUAUUUUGAGUUACGACAAGGUCAACAAUAACUUGAACAUCACCAAAAACUUUGCUCUUGAUGACGAGCUUUUGGGUAAGUACAACAGACCACGUUCCAUGUCGUCUUAUCCAUCUGCACCAAACUUUGCCUCUGCUGCUGAAGAAGAUGAAUUGGACAGAGAGUUCCAGAGCCAGAUUUCCAGCAGAAUGAAGCUUACAAAGACCUGGAAAGAAAAAGGUUUCAAGGGAAACGCCAGAGGUUUGUCGAUUGCCUCGAACUUCGUUACCUUGAAGAAGCUUUUCCAAAAGUUGCCAAAGAACGUUGGUUUCAACAUUGAGCUCAAGUACCCUAUGUUGGACGAAGCCCAGCUUGAAAGCAUGGGAGAGGUUGCCUACGACAUGAACUUCUACGUCGACACGAUCUUGAAGACGGUUUACGAAGAAAACACCAGUGGCAGAGAUAUCUUGUUCUCGUCUUUCCAUCCAGAUAUCUGUCUCUUGCUUUCGUUGAAGCAGCCCACGAUGCCUAUUUUGUACCUUACCGAAGCCGGUACCGAGCCCAUGGCCGACAUCAGAGCGUCUUCUUUGCAAAACGCCAUCAGAUUCGCCAAAAAAUGGAAUCUCUUGGGUAUUGUCAGUAACGCCAAGACGCUUGUCAAGACUCCUAGACUUGCCCAGGUUGUCAAGAGCUCUGGUUUGGUCUGUGUGACAUACGGUGUGGAGAACAACGACCCCGAAGCCUGUAAGAUCCAGAUGAAGGCCGGUGUGGAUGCCGUCAUUGCCGACUCUGUUUUGGCCGUGAGAGAAGGCCUCAGAAAGGAAGAAGAGACUGUCUAUUAA